AUGAAAGCGUGGGAAACUGUGGUCGCUCCAGCCGAGCUCGAAGAUCUACUGCUUGCUCAUCCGCUGAUUCGCGAUGCGGCAGUCAUUGGGGUGCCCAACAAAAAGGCUGGCGAAUUGCCCAAGGCGUUUGUCGUGCGGGCCUCAGAUUCGCUGACCGAGGAGGACGUCAAGGUUUGGAUCAAAGACAAAGUCUCGUCCUAUAAGCAGCUCCGCGGCGGGGUCGAAUUCAUCAAGGAGAUACCAAAGUCGGCAGCCGGAAAGAUUCUACGACGAGAGCUACGGGACCGAUGCAAAUCAAAAUUAUAG